GCAAUAAUCAGAAUCCAGAGGAAAAGGUUGCAAUCUACAGGAAGCUGAUCCAGCUUGGUUUUCACUGCCCACCACAGUAAGAAUUCCCUCUCACCUGAUGAGCUAAAGACACGACCCUAAGGACUGCCAGACUGAGCGCUGCCGCCUGCCUGCUCAGUGGCAGUGAGUGACCCCAAAGAGAAGAGUGGCUCUCCUGGCAGCGCUGCCUGGCUCCGGAGGAUGGACAUCAAGGACAGGAGGCACCGCUCGCUGACGCGGGGCCGCUGCGGGAAGCAGUGCCGCUACACCAGCUCCUCGCUGGACAGCGAGGACUGCAGGGUGCCCACACAGAAGUCCUACAGCUCCAGUGAGACCCUCAAGGCCUAUGACCACGACAGCAGGAUGCACUACGGCAACCGAGUGUCUGACCUGGUGCACAGGGAGUCGGAUGAGUUCCCAAGACAAGGAACAAACUUCACCCUUGCAGAGCUGGGGAUCUGUGAGCCGUCUCCGCACCGGAGCGGGUACUGCUCGGACAUAGGGAUCCUGCACCAGGGCUACUCCCUGAGCACAGGCUCCGACAACGACUCGGACACGGAGGGAGGGAUGUCCCCAGAGCACGCCAUCAGGCUCUGGGGCAGAGGCAUCAAAUCCAGGAGGAGCUCUGGCCUGUCCAGCCGCGAGAACUCGGCGCUCACGCUCACCGACUCCGACAACGACAACAAGUCAGACGAGGAGAACGAUUUUCACACACACCUUUCUGAGAAAUUGAAAGACAGACAGACAAGCUGGCAGCAGCUGGCUGAGACAAAGAACUCUCUAAUACGUCGUCCCCUUCCACCCACGUCCUCUUCCAGCCUUCUCCCCUCUGCCCAGCUGCCCAGCUCCCAUAACCCUCCACCAGUCAGCUGCCAGAUGCCUUUGCUAGACAGCAACACGUCCCAUCAAAUCAUGGACACCAACCCUGACGAGGAGUUCUCUCCCAAUUCUUAUCUGCUGAGAGCGUGUUCAGGGCCACAGCAGGCUUCCAGCAGUGGCCCUUCAAACCAUCACAGCCAAUCGACGCUGAGGCCGCCUCUCCCUCCUCCUCACAACCAUUCCCUGUCCCAUCACCAUUCCUCUGCCAACUCCCUCAACAGGAACUCGCUCACCAACCGCCGCAACCAGAUCCACGCGCCCGCGCCGGCGCCCAACGACCUGGCCACCACGCCCGAGUCCGUGCAGCUCCAGGACAGCUGGGUGCUCAACAGCAACGUGCCCCUCGAGACCAGGCAUUUCUUGUUUAAGACAUCUUCUGGAACUACUCCACUGUUCAGCAGUUCUUCCCCUGGUUACCCGCUGACCUCAGGAACAGUUUACACUCCACCUCCCAGGCUGUUACCUAGAAAUACAUUCUCCAGGAAUGCAUUCAAGCUGAAAAAACCCUCCAAGUACUGUAGCUGGAAAUGUGCUGCUUUAUCUGCAAUUGCUGCUGCAGUCCUGCUUGCCAUCUUGCUAGCAUAUUUCAUAGCCAUGCACCUGCUGGGCCUCAACUGGCAGCUGCAGCCGGCCGAGCCGCCGACCUUCAGCAACGGCCUGCGCCCGCCCGGCGACGACGGCCCGCCCGCGCCCCCUGCCGGCAGAGGACCAUGGGUCACUAGGAAUAGCAGCAUAGAUAGUGGAGAAACAGAAGUUGGCCACAGGGUCACCCAGGAGGUGCCUCCAGGAGUUUUUUGGAGGUCUCAGAUCCAUAUCAGCCAGCCACAGUUCGUGAAGUUCAACAUAUCCUUAGGGAAGGAUGCUCUUUUUGGUGUUUAUAUAAGAAGAGGACUCCCACCAUCACAUGCCCAGUAUGAUUUCAUGGAGCGCUUGGAUGGCAAGGAGAAGUGGAGCGUGGUGGAGUCGCCGCGGGAGCGCCGCAGCGUGCAGACCCUGGUGCAGAACGAGGCCGUGUUCGUGCAGUACCUGGACGUGGGCUUGUGGCACCUGGCCUUCUACAACGAUGGCAAGGACAAGGAGGUGGUCUCCUUCAGCACAGUCAUUUUGGACUCGGUGCAAGACUGCCCGCGUCAUUGCCAUGGGAAUGGCGAGUGUGUCUCAGGUGUCUGCCACUGUUUUCCAGGAUUUCAUGGAGCAGACUGUGCUAAAGGACGGCGCCACUUUAAUAAGUAUAAAAAGAAGGCUGCCUGCCCCGUUCUGUGCAGUGGCAAUGGUCAGUACUCCAAAGGCACCUGCUUGUGCUACAGUGGCUGGAAAGGUCCAGAAUGUGACGUGCCCAUCAGCCAGUGCAUUGACCCCUCCUGUGGAGGUCACGGCUCCUGCAUCGAGGGCAACUGCGUCUGCUCUGUGGGAUAUAAAGGAGAAAACUGUGAGGAAGUGGACUGCUUGGACCCGACGUGCUCCAACCACGGGGUGUGUGUGAACGGGGAGUGCCUGUGCAGCACGGCUCCUACCUGCCCGACACGGGGCUCUGCACCUGCGACCCCAACUGGAUGGGCCCCGACUGCUCCGUCGAAGUGUGCUCGGUGGACUGUGGCACGCACGGCGUGUGCAUCGGCGGGGCCUGUCGCUGCGAGGAGGGCUGGACGGGAGCGGGCUGUGACCAGCGUGUGUGCCACCCCCGCUGCACCGAGCACGGGACUUGUAAAGAUGGGAAGUGUGAAUGCAGAGAGGGCUGGAAUGGGGAGCACUGCACCAUUGAUGGCUGUCCGGACCUGUGCAAUGGCAACGGGAGGUGCACGCUAUGGCCUGGUGGACUGCCUGGACCCUGACUGCUGCCUGCAGGCCACCUGCCAGAACAGCCUGCUGUGCCGGGGCUCGCGGGACCCGCUGGACAUCAUCCAGCAGAGCCACGGCGCCACGCCCACCGUCCGCUCCUUCUAUGACCGCAUCAAGCUGCUGGUGGGGAAGGACAGCACCCACAUCAUCCCUGGGGACAACCCCUUCAACAGCAGUCUUGUGUCUCUGAUAAGAGGCCAAGUGGUGACUACAGAUGGGACUCCCCUAGUUGGGGUCAACGUGUCGUUUGUCAAGUAUCCAAAGUACGGCUACACCAUCACUCGCCAGGAUGGCACGUUUGACUUGGUUGCAAAUGGUGGAGCAUCCCUGACACUGCACUUUGAGCGGGCCCCGUUCAUGAGCCAGGAAAGGACAGUGUGGCUGCCAUGGAACAGCUUCUAUGCCAUGGACACGCUUGUGAUGAAGACAGAGGAGAACUCCAUUCCCAGCUGUGAUCUCAGUGGCUUUGUCCGUCCUGACCCAGUCAUCAUUUCAUCACCACUUUCAACUUUCUUUAGUGACGCUCCCAGCCGCAAUCCCAUUGUGCCAGAAACCCAGGUUCUUCAUGAGGAAAUUGAGAUCCCUGGCUCUAGUAUAAAGCUCAGCUACCUGAGUUCCCGCACUGCUGGAUACAAAUCCUUACUGAAGAUCAUCAUGACCCAGACCCUGGUGCCACUCAAUCUGAUCAAAGUUCAUUUGAUGGUAGCAGUAGAAGGGCAUUUGUUCCAAAAAUCAUUUCAGGCAUCUCCCAACUUGGCAUAUACAUUUAUCUGGGACAAAACAGAUGCCUAUGGUCAGAAGGUUUAUGGGUUGUCAGAUGCUGUAGUGUCCGUGGGGUUUGAGUAUGAGACUUGCCCCAGUCUCAUUUUAUGGGAGAAGAGGACAGCACUGCUGCAAGGAUUUGAACUGGAUCCCUCAAACUUAGGAGGAUGGUCUCUGGAUAAACAUCAUGUUCUUAAUGUCAAGAGUGGUAUAUUGCACAAAGGCAACGGAGAAAAUCAGUUUCUCACUCAGCAGCCAGCUGUGAUAACCAGCAUUAUGGGCAACGGGCGCCGCCGAAGCAUUUCCUGUCCCAGCUGCAAUGGCCUGGCAGAAGGAAAUAAGCUCCUGGCCCCUGUGGCACUGGCAGUGGGUAUUGAUGGAAGUCUCUUUGUUGGGGAUUUUAACUAUAUCCGCCGUAUCUUCCCCUCCAGGAAUGUCACCAGCAUCCUGGAGCUGAGAAAUAAAGAGUUUAAACAUAGCAACAAUCCUGCUCAUAAAUACUAUCUGGCCGUGGACCCUGUUUCAGGCUCCCUCUACGUGUCGGACACCAAUAGCCGACGGAUUUACAGAGUCAAGUCCCUCACGGGCACGAAGGACCUUGCUGGUAACUCUGAAGUGGUGGCAGGGACAGGAGAGCAGUGCCUGCCCUUUGAUGAAGCCAGAUGUGGGGAUGGAGGGAAGGCAGUGGACGCAACCCUAAUGAGCCCUCGAGGAAUUGCAGUGGAUAAGUAUGGACUCAUGUAUUUUGUGGAUGCCACUAUGAUUAGAAAAGUGGAUCAGAACGGAAUUAUAUCGACCCUGCUGGGCUCCAAUGACCUAACUGCUGUUCGACCUCUCAGCUGUGAUUCCAGCAUGGAUGUCACCCAGGUACGGCUGGAGUGGCCUACUGAUCUCGCUGUCAAUCCCAUGGACAACUCCCUUUAUGUCCUAGAGAACAAUGUUAUUUUACGGAUCACAGAAAACCAUCAAGUUAGCAUUAUUGCUGGACGCCCCAUGCACUGCCAGGUUCCUGGUAUAGACUACUCUCUUAGCAAACUGGCUAUUCAUUCUGCACUUGAAUCAGCCAGUGCCAUUGCCAUCUCACACACAGGAGUUCUUUACAUCAGUGAGACAGAUGAAAAAAAAAUUAAUCGGCUCCGCCAGGUAACUACCAAUGGAGAAAUAUGCCUUCUUGCAGGGGCAGCUUCAGACUGUGAUUGCAAAAAUGAUGUCAACUGUAAUUGCUAUGCUGGGGAUGAUGGGUAUGCCACUGAUGCCAUCUUAAAUUCACCAUCUUCCUUAGCUGUGGCCCCAGAUGGUACCAUCUACAUAGCUGAUCUCGGAAAUAUCCGCAUUAGGGCUGUCAGUAAAAACAGGCCCGUUCUUAAUUCCUUUAACCAAUAUGAAGCUGCAUCUCCAGGAGAACAGGAGCUGUAUGUCUUCAAUGCUGAUGGGAUUCACCAGUACACUCUGAGCCUCGUUACUGGGGAGUACUUGUACAAUUUCACCUAUAGCAGCGAUAACGAUGUCACGGAGGUGAUGGACAACAACGGCAACUCGCUGAAGGUGCGCCGGGACGCCAGCGGGAUGCCCCGCCACCUGCUGAUGCCGGACAAUCAGAUUGUCACCCUGGCUGUUGGCACCAAUGGGGGACUCAAGCUGGUCUCAACACAGACCCUGGAGCUCGGAUUAAUGACAUAUAAUGGAAACAGUGGUCUCUUAGCAACGAAGAGUGAUGAAACAGGAUGGACAACGUUUUAUGACUAUGAUCAUGAAGGGCGUCUGACCAAUGUGACACGUCCCACUGGAGUGGUAACUAGCCUUCAUCGGGAAAUGGAAAAGUCCAUUACCAUCGACAUUGAGAAUUCUAAUCGGGAUGACGAUGUCACGGUCAUCACAAAUCUCUCCUCUGUGGAGGCUUCCUAUACAGUUGUUCAAGAUCAAGUGAGGAACAGCUACCAGCUCUGUAAUAAUGGUACUUUGAGAGUGAUGUAUGCCAAUGGCAUGAGCAUUAGCUUUCACAGCGAGCCUCAUGUCCUGGCUGGGACUGUGACUCCCACCAUAGGACGCUGUAAUAUUUCUCUGCCCAUGGAAAAUGGUUUAAACUCAAUUGAAUGGCGCCUGAGGAAGGAGCAGAUUAAAGGCAAAGUGACGGUGUUUGGAAGAAAACUCAGGGUGCACGGCAGGAACUUGCUGUCCAUCGACUACGACCGCAACAUCCGCACCGAGAAGAUCUACGACGACCACCGCAAGUUCACGCUGCGCAUCAUCUACGACCAGCUGGGCCGGCCCUUCCUCUGGCUGCCCAGCAGCGGCCUGGCUGCUGUCAACGUCUCCUAUUUCCUCAACGGGCGCCUGGCCGGGCUGCAGCGCGGGGCCAUGAGCGAGAGGACCGACAUCGACAAGCAGGGCAGGAUUGUGUCGCGCAUGUUCGCCGACGGCAAAGUGUGGAGCUACACCUACCUGGAAAACUCGAUGGUGCUGCUGCUGCAGAGCCAGCGCCAGUACAUCUUCGAGUUCGACUCCUCGGAGCGCCUGCACGCCGUCACCAUGCCCAGCGUGGCCCGGCACAGCAUGUCCACCCACACCUCCGUGGGCUACAUCAGGAACAUCUACAACCCCCCCGAGAGCAACGCCUCCGUCAUUUUUGAUUACAGUGACGACGGCAGGAUUCUGAAAACAUCGUUUUUAGGCACCGGCCGGCAAGUCUUCUACAAGUAUGGAAAGCUGUCCAAGCUGUCUGAAAUUGUUUAUGACAGCACGGCAGUUACUUUUGGGUACGAUGAAACCACGGGUGUCCUAAAAAUGGUGAAUUUGCAAAGUGGAGGGUUUUCUUGUACAAUUCGCUAUAGGAAAAUUGGUCCUCUUGUUGACAAACAAAUCUACAGGUUCUCUGAAGAAGGGAUGGUCAAUGCAAGGUUUGAUUAUACAUAUCAUGACAACAGUUUCCGAAUUGCAAGCAUCAAACCCAUCAUAAGUGAGACGCCUCUUCCAGUUGACCUUUACCGUUACGAUGAGAUUUCUGGCAAAGUUGAGCAUUUUGGCAAAUUUGGAGUUAUUUAUUACGAUAUAAACCAAAUUAUCACCACGGCAGUUAUGACGCUGAGCAAGCACUUUGACACCCACGGGCGCAUUAAGGAAGUGCAGUACGAAAUGUUCCGCUCCCUGAUGUACUGGAUGACCGUGCAGUACGACAGCAUGGGAAGGGUGACCAAAAGAGAGCUCAAACUCGGUCCCUACGCCAACACCACCAAGUACACCUAUGACUACGAUGGAGAUGGGCAGCUGCAGAGCGUGGCAGUCAACGACAGGCCCACCUGGCGCUACAGCUACGACCUGAACGGGAACCUGCACCUCCUGAACCCUGGGAACAGCGUCCGGCUGAUGCCGCUGCGCUACGACCUCAGGGACAGGAUCACGCGCCUGGGUGACAUCCCCUACAAGAUUGAUGAUGAUGGAUACCUGUGGCAGCGGGGUGCUGACGUGUUUGAGUACAACUCCAAAGGGCUCCUGACCAGAGCUUACAACAAAGCCAAUGGGUGGAGUGUUCAGUACCGCUACGACGGGCUGGGCCGAAGGGCUUCCUGCAAGACCAACCUGGGGCAUCAUCUGCAGUACUUUUAUGCUGAUCUUCACAAUCCAACAAGGGUAACUCAUGUCUACAAUCAUUCCAACUCUGAAAUUACCUCUUUGUACUACGAUCUGCAAGGGCACCUGUUUGCAAUGGAGAGCAGCAGUGGGGAGGAGUAUUAUGUGGCCUCUGAUAACACAGGCACUCCGUUAGCUGUGUUCAGCAUCAAUGGCCUCAUGAUCAAGCAGCUCCAGUACACAGCCUAUGGGGAGAUCUAUUAUGACUCCAACCCAGAUUUCCAGCUGGUCAUUGGGUUCCAUGGAGGGCUGUAUGAUCCUUUAACCAAACUCGUGCAUUUUACCCAAAGGGACUAUGAUGUCCUGGCUGGGCGCUGGACAUCUCCUGAUUACACCAUGUGGAAAAAUAUUGGCAAAGAACCUGCUCCUUUCAAUCUGUACAUGUUCAAGAGUAACAACCCUCUCAGCAAUGAACUGGAUCUAAAGAAUUAUGUAACAGAUGUCAAGAGCUGGUUGGUGAUGUUUGGAUUUCAGCUUAGCAACAUCAUUCCUGGUUUCCCUAGAGCAAAAAUGUACUUUGUGUCACCACCAUACGAGCUGUCUGAGAGUCAAGCGUGUGAAAAUGGACAGCUAAUUACAGGAGUGCAGCAGACGACAGAACGACACAACCAGGCUUUCAUGGCUCUGGAGGGACAGGUCAUAUCUAAACGAUUACAUGCCAAAAUCAGAGAAAAAGCAGGCCACUGGUUUGCCACAAGCACUCCCAUCGUGGGGAAAGGGAUCAUGUUUGCCGUGAAGGAAGGCCGUGUCACCACCGGUGUUUCCAGCAUCGCCACGGACGACAGCAGGAAGAUCGCCUCCGUCCUGAACGGCGCUCACUACCUGGAGAAGAUGCACUACAGCAUCGAGGGCAAGGACACCCACUACUUUGUGAAGGUGGGCUCGGCCGACAGCGACCUGGUCACCCUGGCCAUGACCAGCGGGAGGAAGGUGCUGGACAGCGGCAUCAACGUCACCGUGUCGCAGCCCACGCUCCUGGUCAGCGGCAGGACUCGAAGGUUUACGAACGUUGAGUUCCAGCACUCCACGCUGCUCAUCAACAUCCGCUACGGGCUGAGCGCCGACACGCUGGACGAGGAGAAGGCCAGGGUGCUGGAGCAGGCUCGGCAGCGAGCCCUGGCCGCAGCCUGGGCCAAGGAGCAGCAGAAGGCGCGGGACGGACGCGAGGGCAGCCGCGUAUGGACAGACGGAGAGAGGCAGCAGCUCCUCAGCACGGGAAGGGUCCAAGGUUACGAGGGAUAUUAUGUCCUGCCCGUGGAGCAGUACCCAGAGCUAGCAGACAGUAGCAGCAACAUCCAGUUUUUAAGACAGAAUGAAAUGGGAAAGAGGUAACAAAUUAACCUGCUGUCAUCCUUUGCUGGAUGAAUCAGUAGUCAUAACUGUUAUCUCCUCUCCUAAGGAGAUGAAGACCUAAAUGGGGGCACUAGGCUGAGCUACUCUGGGAUAGUAAGUGGCAAAAAAGCUCAUAUUUUUUGAGUUAAAUGCUACUGUUCAAGUGAUUAAAAACCACAUCCUGAAGUGGACUAAAGCCAGACUGAAAACUCUUAACCGUACAAAUUAAAAAGUACCCCUGAAAUAUUACCCACUUGUUCUGGGUCUAAAGAAAAACAAAAAGAAGGCCUCGUAUUGUAUUACCUCACUCCAUUCACACGUGAGCAAACUAAGAAAUCCAAGUGGGCCACUUUCACUAACCAGCUGAUGAAACACAGAUGAUUCAGACUGCUUGUUUGAUAAAUAUCCAAGAGGUUUUCAUUUAAAGCAAAAUACAGAUGCAUUUAAAACAUGACUUUGGGGUGAUUUGUGUGUAGCGAAUGGAGGACAAAUGAAAUGCAAGUGAGAGCGCACUGGAAAUAGGAAAGGAAAAUAUAUUUAAAAGUAACAAAACCACACUUGCACUCUGACCCUCCACUUGUCUGGCCUGAAGCUUAACUUAUUCAAAGAGGGCAGAGUGUAAAGUUACAUUCAAAAUGGUGGCUAUAAAUCACUACAGAUAAAUUUCAUACUCUGUUUGUCUUUGAAGAUUUCCAUUGUGGACAGUAUAACACAGUUACAGGGUGUAGUCUGUUUAGAUUCAGUAGUUUGUUGGUAUCAGUUCCAGUAGAGCUGUGGGCAUUGUGUUACACUAUUGCAAAUGGGCACCACGUCAGAUCACCCUGUACAUACAUCAGCCAGAAGGCACAAUCACUGUUUCAGAUUUAAAAAUUAUUAGUGUGUUUGUUUGGUCGAGAAACUGAGACAAUCACAUUACGGUCACCACAAAAAAAAAAAGAAAAAAAAAAGUCUAAUAAGAACUUUGGUACAAGAACUUUUUUGUAAUAUACAUGUAUGAAUUGUUCAUUGAGUUUUUAUAUUAAUUUUAAUUUGCUGCUAAGCAAAGACUAGAGACAGGCAAAGAUAAUUUAUGGCAAAGUGUUUAAAUUGUUUAUACAUAAAUAAAGUCUCUAAAACUCCUGUGAA